UGAGCCAGUGUCAAAUCAGUACAGUGCGUUGUUAGUGAAUGAGUGUGUGCGUUAUUAUUAUUAUUAUUUCGCUUUAUUUAGGUGUAAAUGUAGUAAAUUACACGAAAUAGUGUUGUGUCCACAGACAGCACUUGGAAAAACGACGACGAUAGGUGAAGGUCCAUCGUCGAGACGGUGUCAUAGUAUCAUCAGUGUCAGUCCAGCACGUGACAUUGCCGAACAUUGGAUAAUAGAAAUAGCUGCAAACUUCAAAGUAGUGUGAAAAUGUUAUUAUUACCGGUGCAAAAAAGCAACGAACGUGCAUUGAACCUGAGACUUUUUUUCUUCGGAGUUUCAUGGAUCCAUUUGAUAAUAGUAGCUUUGGUGAUUUUGCCUGUAGACUUCUCAAUGGACCAAGAUCCAAAGGUCAAGAAAUAUUCCAGCAUGAGAUUUAAAUUAAUAACUGUUUGGUUUAAUUUCAUUUUAUUAGCAUACUUCCCGGUGUGUUUCUACUGCGAUUGGAAAGAGAAGUGCAAUCAGGAGAACUUACAACAUGUCGCUGUAUUGAGAAAAAUCCGGGACGUUGUGUUCACGUCAAUAUUAUUUCCAACUAUAAUGUUCGCAGAUAUACUGUUUUGGCCAUUAUACUACAAGGACGUAAACCUAAUAACACCAGGAGCUGUAUUCUCAUACAUACCUGCAUGGUGUCAGCAUUCACUACACACUGUCUCUAUCAUGACAUCCGUGAUAGACCUAUGUGUGGUGUCCAGGAAACGACCUAAGAGCUUAAAGCCUAGGUUUCUGCUCAUGUCGUGCUUUUUACUUACCUAUACGCUCAUAGUAGGGCAGAGCUACGUUAACGGACACAUGGUGUAUACGUUGUUUGAAGUUUUAACUGGAUUUCAGACUGUAUUAUUAGUAAUAAUUUCUUAUUUGGAAUGUUCUUUCUUUUUUAUUUUACAAUGGUAUGUUAUUGAUUAUAUAUGGAAUAAACCUAAAACUCAUUAGGUAAUUCGUUGAAAUGCAUUUGUAAUGGAUUAGCUAGAA